CGCCGCGCGAAAGUGCCUCGCGCCGCGGCGCUCGCGCCUUUAUAAGCCGGCCGGGCGCGUGUGCGUGAGGGGGCCGAUUGAGAGGGACGCCGCCGCAGCCGCCACCGCCACCACAGCCACCACAGCCAGAGUCCCAGCAGGAACCUGAUGGAGAAACCUGUACCUCAACUUGAGAAUCAUACCUGGAGUUGCUCCUGUACAGCCAGGGGAAGAUACAAGGAUCACCUAGGUAGAAGUGCAACAGGGCUAGCAGCCAGAGUGGGUGAAAUGCUAACCUCAUCUGUGUCCAGUUCUCCCCUGACCUUAGUGGGUCAUGCAGCCCGGCACCCAAGCAGCCCAAACAGAGGCAGUGUCCCUGGUAGCAGCUUGAACUUAAGCAGAGACUUACUGCAGCGCAGCCUGGUGCUUUUUGCUGUGGGCACUUUCCUUGCACUGGUGCUAAACUUACUGCAGAUUCAGAGGAAUGUAACCCUGUUCCCUGAGGAAGUCAUCUCUACAAUCUUCUCUUCUGCCUGGUGGGUACCCCCUUGCUGUGGGACAGCAGCAGCUGUUAUUGGCCUGCUGUAUCCCUGCAUUGACAGCCAUCUUGGUGAACCUCACAAAUUCAAACGAGAAUGGGCAAGUGUAAUGCGAUGUAUUGCCGUCUUCGUUGGCAUUAACCAUGCAAGUGCUAAAUUGGAUUUUGCAAACAACAUCCAGCUUUCCCUGACCCUUGCAGCUUUGUCACUGGGCCUCUGGUGGACAUUUGAUCGUUCAAGAAGCGGUCUUGGUCUUGGGAUCACAAUUGCUUUUGUAGCUACUCUGAUUACACAGUUUCUGGUUUAUAAUGGAGUUUAUCAGUAUACAUCUCCAGAUUUCCUUUAUAUCCGGUCUUGGCUACCAUGUAUAUUUUUCUCAGGAGGUGUGACUGUAGGAAACAUAGGACGACAACUUGCUAUGGGUGUUCCCGAGAAGCCUCACAGUGACUAAAUAACCGGAUUUGACCUGUAUUUGUGAAAGCAGAAUAAGGAUCAGUUGAAGCUAGGAUUUUUCGUCUUGAAUUACCAGCAUGAGCUCCCUAAAUCUGGGAAGGAAUGAACUCACCAUAAAGUGGCCAAGAGGUUACCUUGAUUUAUUUCUAAGAAGUUUCUGGGUUUGACUGUUCGGUGGAAAAAGUUCAGCACAGACUUUUCUUGCACAAUAAGCCGAAUCUUAAUGGCUGUCCUUCCAAGUCCUUGAAACAGCUGCCAUUUUCAAAGCCGCGAAACAAAUCUUAAUUCUACCCAUACCCAAAGACAGUUGCUUGGUAUGGCAUGGUGGAGUAGUAGAAUAGUAUUUCUCCAAGUAUCGUUCAUCCUGUGAUUGCUUUUAAGGGGACCUGAAUGAAAGAACCGUUGCUGUAUAAAGGAAUAAGAGGCCAGGUCUUAGAGAAGAGGCUUUUGCAGACCCUCCUAUUGUAAAAGGGCUAGUACAGGAAUAUUACAUUGAUUUAUAUCUUAAGCACCUGGCUUCUUGAGGUGGGGAACAAAUCAUCUUGAAAAACCAACAAUUUGUUAGCUGUUUGGCUGUUUUAUGGUUCCCUAUAUCACUUCUCUUGGAAACACGCAGCCAAAAUUUACAUUUUUCCAAGAGAUAGCCUACUGGGUCUUUAGCAGGAUGGAUUUAGAUGGGUCCUUACCGACUUCACCAAUAAGUAUGUCUUCAUUAUACUAUACCAUGAAGAAGAGGACAUUUUUGCGGGGUACUUGUUUAAUUCUCUGGGAAUCUGGCAGGUUUCAGAGCAGAAACAGGACUUGCCACAUGAAAAGAACUGGGAAAGUUAAUAGUGUUAGUUAAAGUCUCUUGUAAAUGAUCUCUUGUCUGAAUUUCCGAAGAGAUCACUUUUGUGUUCUUGAUUUUGCAAAUUUGCAGAACUUGCAAUCUGUGAUUGCUUUAUAAGGAAGAGUGCUAAUGUCACUGCGUUAAAUAUCUGAUGUACUCAAAACUAGUUCCAGGGUGAGCACAAUAGUUAGUUCAAUACUAUACGUCACCACUGACCUAAUGAGCGGGUGUUAAGUUUCAAAAUUUAAAGUGCAAUGUACAGCUGAAAGGAAUCUGAGCCUUGUAGUAUCCUCUUUAAUAUCUCCAGCAAGCAAUGAAUAUUAAAGAGAAAAAAGUUUUGAACUUAUUUAAUGCUUCAUGAAAGCAAACAUCAGCAAUAAUCUAACUAGUGUUGUUAGUUUGCAUCUUUUACUAAACUCUUGAGAAAUACUCCACUCCUGUGGCUCUAAUAAGAAAACAGAGCUCAUGCUGCAUUGUCAUUCAACUUCAGGCACUUUUGCUUCCAGUCUUGUUCAGCUUCCAGUCCAAUCAAAAGGUUUAUAUUUUAGACCAAGGAGAAGAAGUUGGGGAGCUCCAGAUAAUGGUUGAACCAUUUCCCACCGUCUUUAAUCAUGCUGCCUGGUGCAGAAUGAGAACUGAGAGCCCAAAACAUCUGCGGAGUCACUAGUUUCCUUAUGAGUUUUAGAUAAGCUGAAGAAUCUUUCUCCAGGUUUUGUCCCAAAACAGCAUUUUUCCAAACUGGAUCCUUUUCCAACUUUAUUUUCUGCCCCCCCCCCCCGAACAGCUGUUUGGGAGACAGGAACACAAAAUCCUCUGAGGAUGCAACUGUGGGUUAGGAGAUUCACCUAGAAUAAUAUCGGGAGAAGACUUAGACUCCCUUCUUAAACUAACCAGUUUGUGGUGAAUGAGACAGCAAAAGUGAUUUGCUCGGGGAAGGUGAUGUUCCCUGAUAUAGCCACUUUCCAGAAUCCUAGGUUCUUUUUUUGCCUUUCUGGGAACAUUAAACCUGAGAUGUCAGUAUAGAUUUUCUGUUUGAAGUAGUAAUUAAAUUCAGGUGCUGGAAAAAGCCUGCCAAAAAGGGGAGGCUAGUUUUCUAAAUUCUAGAAUUAUUUUCUUAUUUUGGAACCAUUCUGUACUCAGAGUACAUCCAUACAGCACGUUAAUGCAUUAGGAUACUAAUAAUUCCAGAAUCCUUUCUCCUCCAGCUCAGGAGUCUCCAAACCUGGCAACUUUAAGACCUGUGGAUUGCAACUUCCAGAAUUCCUCAGUCAGCCAUGCUCCACAUGUUGCCAAGUUUGGAGACCCCUGCUCCUUUAAAAGGGAAGUAGGCAAAAAAAAAGAAUAAAGAGUUCAGAGGCUAUAUAUAGAUUGAUUUCCCCCCCCCCCCCCACUCUUUGGUUUGACUAGGUUAUUGGAAUCUUUGAAUGCUUGUGGAUCACUUCCAAAGUGAAUUUUCAAAUUUGCUCACCUCAGCAUCGAACUUGUUUGGAAAGCAUAUUAAUUCUUAAUAAGUUUUUUGUUGGUUUUUCCUUAAAAAAAGUGGCAGUUUGAAAAAAAAAGCUUCAAACAUGAUUUAUUCUGAAGAGGUUACAUUGAAAUCUGUGGUAUUUUUGAAUAGUAAAUUAUAGGCUGCAGCUUUAAAGCCUGGUUUUUCAUUUUCCACUGUUUCUUUAAAGUGUAUUGAUUCACUUCUUAUAUAAUCCCGUUUAAAUGGUGUUAUCUGAGUAUGCCUCUAUAACAUGUAUGUGCAAGAUAAAAGCCACUAUAUCCUCUAAAUUUAGUUUUGAGGUUGCACAAGGGGAAAUAACUACCUUCCUAUAAUAUCUUACUACCAGAUGUAAUUAAGAAAAUGGACAAUUGUAAUUGUAAAUAUGUAAUCAUGAAAUCAGAUAUUUAAUUUGUAAAGUUUAUUUGUCUGUGUUUUGAAAUGACAGCCAAGUUCAAUCUUGCCAAUAUUUGUAAGUAUCUGAACCAAAGUGAUCAGAGUUUGCAUUACAAAGAAAAGUGUGUUGGGGGGGUGGGGGAUUGCACUGUAUUCCAGAUAAGAAUCCUUUGAUUCUCAAACUUGGUAGAUUUUUCAACUGUGUGUAUUUGUGUGGGUUUUUUUUUAAUCCAUUAAAGGUUUUGACCAUUUA